CCCCCUGAGUCCCUCACCCUCAGCCAGUUUCUUGUGCCUCACAAACCUCUGAUCAUCUAUUAUUGCCUACCCCAGUUUCUUCUUUUCCCUUCUUUUUCUCUUUCUCUGAGCCUUUGCAAUUGCAGGCCUCAAGACGGCUGUUUUUGUUUUCAACACUUUUUUAAGACCACCUCUGUCUCUGUCUCUGUAUCUGUAUCUUUCUCCACCAGCGUUACGCACAGAGGAAGCUGUCUCUCUGCAAAAUAGAUUAUAUUUUUAUUUGGUUUGAUUGAAUAUUUCCUGAAGAAAAUCUUGCUACGCAAAUGGGUUUUUCAUGUCAAACAUACUUUGCUAUAUAAAAACAAUUUUUUUUUUUUUUUUUCUCUGAAGAUCGAUAGGCAAGACAGAGGCUGACAAAGAUAUGUUGGAUCUCAAUGUUGAUAUCCUCUCGAGCAACUUACCUUGUGACGAAACAGAGGAGAUAGUUGUAAUUAAGGCGGAGAAGCUCCCGGAGGGCUCUGGGCGAACCCAAAUGGAAGACUCCGGGACCUCCACCUCCUCUGUUGUUAAUGCCGACGAAGCUCGAAGCACUGCCCGAGACGUGGACUCCUCCGAGUUCAUCUUUGACAUCAUGAGAAAAGGAAAACGUCAUGUACCCAGAGAUGAAGCCCCGGCGCCGGAGCCCGUUACCAGGCAGCUUUUCCCGGUGGCCGGAGAGCCGUCGAGGCCUCAAUGGUUGAACUUGUCGUUUGCUGACUCCGGCGGUCAGGCCGAGCUGAGUGUUUUGCAGCUGAAGCAACCGCAAGUGAGGAAAAGCCGGCGGGGGCCGAGGUCCCGGAGCUCCCAGUACCGGGGCGUUACGUUUUACAGGAGAACGGGGCGAUGGGAAUCACAUAUAUGGGAUUGUGGGAAGCAAGUAUAUUUAGGUGGAUUUGACACUGCUCAUGCCGCGGCUAGAGCAUAUGAUCGGGCUGCAAUUAAGUUCCGGGGAGUUGAUGCUGAUAUCAAUUUUGAUUUAACCGAUUAUGAUGAGGAUAUGAAACAGAUGAGGAAUCUGGGGAAGGAAGAAUUUGUUCAUAUUCUUCGUCGCCAAAGCACCGGAUUCUCACGAGGGAGCUCAAAAUACAGAGGUGUAACCCUUCACAAAUGUGGUCGAUGGGAGGCUCGAAUGGGACAAUUGCUUGGGAAGAAGUAUAUAUACCUUGGAUUAUUCAACAGCGAAGCAGAAGCUGCAAGGGCCUAUGACUUGGCAGCCAUCAAAUAUAAUGGAAGGGAAGCAGUGACCAACUUUGAGCCAAGCACGUAUGAAGGGAAGAUCAUUGUGGAUGACAAGGCUCAAGGAAGUGGACACAAUCUUGAUCUAAGCCUUGGGAUUUCUAAUGGUUCAAAGGGGAAGGACAAUGAAGGGGAUUUGUUUCAAUUUCGUUGCAACAGAGAGAGACCGGGAAGCGCCACAGAGAAGAAAGAUGAAACAGUUUCUUUGCCAAGAUUUUCGAGCUGGGCAUGGCAAAUGCAAGGCAAUGGCAUUGUCACCCCAAUGCCAGUAUUCUCUAGUGCAGCAUCAUCAGGAUUCUCUUCUCCCACAGCCACUGCUCCAUCAGCUACCCUUCAACCCAACUGGCAGAACAAUUCUGUCCACAAUCUCUGCUUUCCUUUACCCACCACACCCAAUACCAACACUUCUAACUACUUCACUCAUAGGAGCUGAAAAAUCUGUCUUUAUGCCUUUAGAAGAAGGGUAGGUUUGCAAGACAACUUCACCAUAUAUAGUAAUCUCUACUCUGUAUAUCAUAUCAUCUGAAUUAUGAAGCAUCUAUUGCUUUGGUGGUCCAAAUACUUUUUUUUUUAUCCUAUUGCCUUCUUCUGUUAAUAAGCAGCUCCCUGAUUUUGGUUU